AUGUGGCGGUACCUCACCGUCCGUCGGGCCUGUCUGCGCUCGCCACGUGCGCUUCGUCGAGGCGGGUGGACGGGCGAGGCCGUUAUGACCAAGGAGAGGAGGCAUGGGGCGGAGCGGCUCUUUGCGGCGCCUGCCCAUUUCUGCGGCGGAGGCGGGAGCGGCCACCCGGGUGGCGGCGCCUCCGACCUCCCCGACAUCGCGGAGGAUGAUGUUUGGCCCGCCUUCCACGCCGCCGCCGACGAAGACGAGCGUGAUCCUGGCCGGCGGAGGGGCCGAUCCCGUCGAUUGGACGACCGGCAAGUCAGCGGCCUCUCGCUCGCCUUGGAGGACGCAUGCUGGGGGCCGGCGGCUUCCCAGCUGGUGUCGCGGGGGCGGCACCGGGUGUCGUCGUUGUCGUCGGCGCCCGUGGAUGUGCCGGCCUGGUCGCGGUCGCUCCGGUCCGAUUGGGAAGGGCCUUUGCCGGAUCGGGAGGAGGCAGAGGAAGCGGACGGGGAGUGGCUUCCGCCGCAUGAGUACCUAGCGCGGGCGCAGGGGAAGAGCAUGGCCACUUCGGUGUUGGAGGGUGUGGGGAGGACACUGAAAGGCCGGGACAUGAGCCGGGUCCGCGACACAGUCUGGAGCCAGACCGGCUUCUUCGGUUGA